UAACUCUCGAAAAGGACGAGACCGGUAAAAAAAAAGAUGGCAGCUUACAGACGUGUAACAGAAGUCUUGGUUUAUCUGCUCUGCAUUCUAAAUCAGACGACGAUUUCUGGCAAAAGUUACACGAAGGAAGAGAUAGAUAAAUACAGAGAUAGAGUGCUGCAGAUGUUUCAUCAUGCUUAUGAUGGCUAUGUAAAAUAUGCUUACCCAUACGAUGAGCUUCGACCUUUGACAUGUGAUGGAUUUGACACAUGGGGCAGUUACUCCUUGACGUUGAUUGAUGCUCUGGAUACACUUGCGAUAGUGGGGAACUACUCCGAGUUUAGACGAGUAGCUCACCUGGUGUCACAGAAGAUGGACUUUGAUGUUGAUAUUAAUGUUUCAGUGUUUGAAACAAAUAUCCGAAUACUAGGAGGUCUGCUGUCAGCCCAUCUAAUGUCACACAAGGCGGGGCUCGGUUUGGAGCCAGGCUGGCCAUGUUCUGGGCCACUGCUGUCAAUGGCAGAGGACGUCGCUCGUAGACUCCUUCCAGCCUUUGACACUGUGACUGGGAUGCCAUAUGGGACAGUGAAUCUACGACAUGGUGUCCCAAAAGGGGAAACGCCCAUUACAUGUACGGCAGGGGUGGGUACAUUCAUCGUGGAGUUUGGCACACUCAGUAGACUUACUGGAGACCCUGUGUUUGAGAAGGUUGCAAUGAGAGCACUCCGAGCACUGUGGAACUACAGGUCACCACUUGGUAUGGUGGGUAACCAUGUGGAUGUUAGCACAGGGAAGUGGACGGCACUGGACUCUGGUAUCGGGGGCGGGAUAGACUCUUACUUCGAGUACCUGGUCAAGGGCGGAAUCAUGUUUGAGAUUCCAGAACUUCUGCAGAUGUUUCAUGAAUAUGAAAAGCCAAUCAAUAAUUUCAUGAAGAGGGAUGACUGGUUCUUGUGGGCUCAUAUGAACAAAGGGGGGAUAACUCUGCCGAUGUUCACAUCAUUAGAUGCAUACUGGCCUGGAAUACAGAGCAUGCUUGGGAACAUUGAUGGUGCUAUGAAGACCAUGCAUAAUUUCCACCAAGUCUGGAAGCAGUAUGGCUUCACUCCAGAGUACUACAACAUCCCAAAGAAUGAGGUUCAUGGGGGAAGGGAAGGUUAUCCUCUAAGGCCAGAGUUAAUAGAGAGUGCUAUGUAUUUGUACCGAGCCACAAAGGAUCCCUAUCUACUGGACAUUGGGGUAGAUAUACUGGAGUCUAUAGAACACAGCACCAAAACCAAGUGUGGAUAUGCCACGGUGAAAAAUGUAGCCACUCAUGAGCUGGAAAACAGAAUGGAGAGUUUUUUCUUGGCAGAAACAACAAAAUAUCUCUAUUUACUGUUUGACACAGAAAAUUUCAUCCACAACAACGGCAGUUCAGGGACCGUGGUCCAGACUCCCAACGGAGAAUGUGUGAUUGAUGCUGGCGGUUACUUUUUCAAUACAGAGGCUCAUCCUAUAGAUGUUGCUUGUGUCUACUGCUGUAGCUCUCAAAAGAAAGAGGAUGACAAAAUCAUACAAGGCAUGCAUGACCAAUUGGACCUUUUGUCAAUGCUCGGUAUCGUAGAGCCAUCGGACACUGUCCGAGGUACAAAGUGGAAAAACCUUCGCAAGGAGAUGGAACGACAGCAAAAACAAGAAGCUAUCCUUCAAAAAAUGGAACAGGAGAAACUCGAGUCUUUAAAACAUGAAAUUAAUAGAAACCGUGAUUCAAAAGUGGAAGUUAAAUCAGAAACUAAAGACACUGUAGAAAUCAUCCUUAAUGAUAACAAAUCUGGAAAAGAAGAAAAUAAUCCAAAAAUUGAAAUAAUCAAAAUAAGUACAUCACAGCCUAAGGACUUGGAUCAGACAAAUGAAACUGAUAAAAAUUCAACAGAGGCUGCUUUAGUUUCUUCAACUAAUAAAAAAGAUAAUGAAGUUUAUGAUAAAAAAAAUCCAGAAAAUGAAAGUGAACAGUCUCAAAAUAGUAAAUCUGCUAAGGAGCAGAAUCUCAAUCCCACAGACUCUGAUCAUAGAGGUCAAAGUUCAGAAGACAAAGGUCAGGUAGAAACAGUAGAUAAAGUGGAUAAAAGUGAAACAGUUUCUCUACCUGCAGAACUUGAAAAGGAAAAAUCCAGUAUUCCUUCACAGCCAAAGGCACACACAAAGUCUUUUGCCGAGCAUGUGAAAGAAAAAUCGGCAAAAGCAAAUGCUGUCAAUUCUGCAGCAGCAAAUUUAGAUAAAUUAUUUACUUUUAUUUUAAAUAAACUUGGUAAAAAGGAACCUGAAGAAAAGGUUCCCAAUAUUUACACACUAUAUAAACUAAUGCAGUAUUAUCCUCUAGGGUACAAAACAAAUCCAGCCAUGAUGGUUUGUCCAGCCCAACCCUUCCAUAUGAGAAUGUCUGUCAUGGGAGAAAUGUUUAAUGAUGUUGGAAAUUAAAAUGUUGAAAUCCAAA